UGUAGAUAAAGUGUUGUCAUAUCUACCUGGUGGCACUGAAAUGUAUGCAAAUCCCCUUUAAUGAGGGUCUGCAAUGCACGUUGAUCACAUCGGAAUUGUUUGGUUUGUAAUUUUAAACUGUGAGGCAGAGGAGGAAAUCAAGAAAAAUGUGACUUUGAACCAAACCUCAUGGAGGUCACUGUGACCCUGAAGUGUGCUCAUUAUUUUUACUGACUUUAUGAAGUUAAUUCUACACUUUUUUUCACAGGGCUUUUCCAUUUCACUUGGCCAUACACUGAGGUGUCUAAUGGCCUCCAGCUCAGGGCUGUCCAUGUGAGAAGGGAAUCUGAGAAGAGAAGGGCAGACACUUAAGGAGAGAGAAGAGUUUUCCACAGAGCAUGGCCUCUGCCAAAGAAGAUGGCGUGGAUGAAAGAGCGGUGGACAUUAAAGAAGAGGACUGUGAGCGGCUCACACCAGAGGAUGUGUGUGUGAAACUGGAGGAUCACGAAGAAAGAAUUUCAGUUUUUAAAGAGGAGGAGGAUUGCAAGUGGGUGGCUGUUACCAUUAAAUCUGAGGAUUUGAAUGAUUUCUCCAUUGGUCUUGAACUUCAAAAGCAUGAAACUGAGGAUAUUUUCAAGCAAGAGGCCUGUGAAGAAUCUCCAUCUAGUUUACAGCCCUGGUCCACUAAUACAGGACGACUGGCUACACAGGAGAAUUCUGUAGAGCUGAAAUCAGAGUUACCUGAGUCUGAAGAGAAAAUCACAGAGAGAAAUGGGAGAGAAGGAGCAGAGUCACCUGAGAGUGUUGGAAUAAAUUUACAGAAGAAUGGCAGCUUCUGUCCACCUUCAUUUGGUCAACCCUCCCUUCAGUACAAAGAGACAGGUAUGAAGAAAUCAGCAAGAGGAUCAGAGAACCUGACAGCAGCCUUUUUGCAGUGCAGUUCUCUCCCUGCUACUCGAGUAACACAGACAGAAGCCAUUGAAACUGAUGGACAGCAAGUGGAGAAAGAAAUCCAAAUUCAUACUGGAAGAAAAUGUUGUUUGGAAUGUGGCAAACAAUUCACACACAAAAGUGAUCUUAAUAAGCAUAUGAAGAUUCACACAGAAGAAAAAGCAUAUUGUUGUCAUGAAUGUGGUAAGUCAUUCUCAACGAGUAGCUAUCUUCAGAGGCACGGAAGAAUCCACACAGGAGAAAAACCUUAUUGCUGUCCAGAAUGUAGUAAGUCAUUCUCAACGAGAAGCCAUCUUCAGAUCCACAGAAGAAUCCACACAGGAGAAAAACCUCAUUGCUGUCCAGAAUGUAGUAAGUCAUUCUCAACAAAAAGCUGUCUUCAGAAACACAGAAGAAUCCACACAGGAGAAAAACCUCAUUGCUGUUCAGAAUGUGGUAAGUCGUUCUCACAUCUAUGCUAUCUUCAGAGGCAUAGAAGAAUCCACACGGGAGAAAAACCUCAUUGUUGUCCAGAAUGUGGUAAGUCAUUCUUAAGGAGAAGCUAUCUUCAGACGCACAGAAGAAUCCACACAGGAGAAAAACCUCAUUGUUGUCCAGAAUGUGGUAAGUCAUUCCUAAGGAGAAGCGAUCUUCAGAUCUACAGAAGAAGCCACAGAGGAGAAAAACCUCAUUGCUGUUCAGAGUGUGGUAAGUCGUUCUCAUUGAGAAGCAGUCUUCAGAAGCACAGAAGAAUCCACACAUGAGUAAAACCUCAUUAUUGUCCAGAACGUGCCGAAAAAUUUUCAGACAAACUCAGUUUUCAAAGGCACACAGAAAUUGAUACUCGAGAGAAACCAUAUUGCUGUUCUCAAUGUGGAAAAAAGUUUUAAACAUAAGCUCUUUUCAAUUAAACACACAAACUCCCACUAGAGCGAAAAAUGCAGUAUGUAUUUUCUGAAUAUGGCAAAUGUUAUACAAGUCAGAAAGGUAUUUAUCCACGUGCCAAAAUCCAUACUGAAGACAAAUAGCAUUGCUGUUCUGAAUGUGAGAAACAAUUCUUAUAUUUAAGCACACUUCAGUGCCAUAUCAGAACUCAUAAUUGAGAGAAACCUUAUUGUUGUCCUAAAUGUGAUAAGCAGUUCUCACAACAAAGCACCCUAAAGCGACACAUCAGACUUCACACCGGAGAGAAACCUCACCUUUACUUGGAAUGUGGCAAACAAUUCUCCCACCUUACUUCUCUGUAUAAGCAUAAGUCAUACUGGAGAGAAGCCUUAAAGUUAUACUGAAUCUGGAAUGCGAUUCUCAUAUAACAGUUCUCUUCACGAUCAUAAAAUAAUUAAUUCUGGUAAGAAACAGCUGUUCUGACUGUGGUAAGAUUUUCUCAGACGCUUAUUGAUUACAUGAGAAUUCACACUGGAGAGAAGCAGUACACCUGUCCUGAAUGUGCUAAAUGGUACUCUUCCAGAAAAAGUUUUCGGAGAUACACGCAAAGUCAUAUUGGAGUAAAGCCUUUCUCAGAAAUGUCAAAUGAUCUUUCCAUUCGAUCCUCAGGCAAAAAAAAAAAGAAAAAUCUUCUGAAAGCGGUAAAGGACUCCAGUUGAAAGUAGUUAAUAAGCACAUAAGAAUAGUGUAGAAAACACUGAAAGUGGCAAACAGAUCGUAGAUGUAAGGUCACCUCAGAGCCACAUAUGAAUUCACACUGGAAUACAACACAUAUUUCACAAACAGCAAGAAUCUUCUUCAACAACUUAUAGGUGCAGGAAAAAAACCUCAUUGUUGUCCUAAAUGUGGUUAACGCUUUUCAGACAUCAGUGGCCUUCAUAGUCAUAAAUGACUGGCCUACUUGUGGUAAGCCUCUUAUCUGUUCUGAAUGUUGAAAGUGGUCCUCAUGUAUCAGCCAUCAUCAGCAACACGUAAGAUUUCAGGAAGGACUCAGAAACUGUACUGCUAGGACGUCAGCCAUACAGGGACUGAUCAUCUCUGCACCAGUGAAUACAAACAGCAGACAACAGAAUGAGGUAGCAACAGUACUGUGUGGUGAUAACAAAUUCAACCACAGAUCACAACUGAAAAAGUUCAAUGUAAUAAUAAAAAAUGGAGAAGUGAAAUCAAAUCCACAGUGCAGUGCCAACUACCAGGAGGUGCCGCUGAGAACAAGUGGAUUAUUUCUGUUUCGGAGCUUUGGAGAUGGGGCCUUAUCUGAGUAGCCAUGAACUUGUACCGUCUCUGGGAUGUCAUCUGAUGGCUGACGCCUGGGCUGAGUGCACACAGCCGUUCUUAACUCUGAUAAUGAAGAAGUCAUUUAGUGAUGUCAGCUGACAGCCAAUACUGUCCAAUCAGAUACUGGGGAGGGACAGUCGAGGAGGACAGAAGCCUAAAAAGAGAGCCGUCACAUGACAGACCAAUGUAGAGGGGCUUUAUAAGACUUUUACACUAAUUUAGGUUGACAUUUAUAAAUAAGUCUUUACAAACCAAUCACAUUCAUCGGCUGUGUGGCAAGGGUGAGUCCAAAAGUGGGAAUUUUAAGAAGAUCUAAAUACAAAUAAAAUGAAACAUUCAGGGUUCAAAGAGAAAUGUUUAAGACCUGAAGAGGUAAUCACAACAGCAUUUUAGGGUUAGCCCGGGGGCCCACAGUUAUGAAGAAUAUCAAUUAAUGUAUAGAAGGAAUAUUUUUUAAAAUAAUAAUAAUAUUAUGAGAAAUGGGACACCAUCAUGAAUGCAGAAACACAAUGAAAAUGAAAUGAAUUGAUUUUAUUGUCUGACAUAUAAGAGAAAAAGGGAAGACAAAGCAGAAACACACAGGGAUCUCCGCUGACACAGCUGAUAAUUUGAUAAAUUAACCUAAAAAUAUAAUGGAUGUCACUUUGCUCCAUGUCAGUAUAUCCUAUAUUCCCGUGUCUGCGUGGGUUUCCUCCGGGUGCUCCAGUUUCCUCCCACAAAGCCAUGCAGGUUAGGUGCAU